AUCAUAGUAACUGUUUCCUACAGGUGCAAUAAAAAAAAAAAAAAAAGUCACGUGCAUCAGCAUGCAUUGGGGCUGCUAAUGUUUUUUGAACCUUGUCAUGUCCUGCGCAUUUCUUUUUCAAUUCUCUAUAUCUAAUGCCUACAAGGGCUCCUAGGGCCCCGAGGCUAAAUAUAUAUAUAUAUAUAUAUUCAUUUUUGCUUACGCUCUCGCGUUCUACCAAUGAUUGUCUUUAUAGGGCCAUUUCACGAGCGACCAGUUCGAGCGGCACAGAGCCGACGGCUUGAGAAAACUCAAGCCGAGUGCUUCUCCAUCGCUGUUUGCUCGCCGGCCCAUGAAGCCUAGCAGCAAGCCACGAACUCAGAGGCUGGUGCCCGGCCAUUCAACAGCUGAUCCAUUCCCUACGGUGACAAACAUGGCCCCUCAGGCCAGCACCGAGGAGCCCAGCCAAAUGUCUGGAAAUCCCAAUGGUGAGGCGACAACACUUGGCGGUGUGACACUACCCCAUUCGAGCACCGAGGCACUCGAAAGGGAAACCGCGGGCGACGUGACGAAGGUGUCCGUUGCCCUCCAAACAAGCUUUUCGGGGCCAUGUGUCUUGCAGCCAGACUCGGCAAGAGCCAUCAUUGACAGCCUGGAGAGACAGCUGCAAAGUGCAAGGAAGAAAAUCACUGCUCUGGUGGCUGACAAGAGCCCAGGACAUACUGGACAACCCAGACCAGUGUGUUGCCAUGGAAAAAGGAGGCCUGACUCAGUUUGGCUAGCAGCUUGCAACCUAGGGGAACCUGCGGGAAUGUACCGCAAGAGUGAGAGUGACGCCUGCCCAGCACUUCCUCAACGAUGGCACCACGAGGAAGGGGGAGCUGCCCUAAAGUGAAUGCAAGAGCAG